AUGAUGACUAUGUUGCUGUUUCAAGGCAGGCCAUUGAAGGAUAUAUCGUCGGAUUCGAACCACUUGCGAAUGCCGAUAGGAUCCAUCACAUACUGCUGUUUGGGUGUACAGAACCUGCCCAUGCUACUGGUUUUUGGAAAGGUGGUGAAGUUUGUUCCGGAACAACGCACAUACUGUUACGCUUGGGCUAAAAAUGCACCUAGCCUCGAUCUUCCAAAUAACGUGGGCUUCAGCAUCGGCCACGAAAGUGACAACAUUCGUUAUCUUGUAAUGCAAGUACGUGCACUACGCGCAGCCGUUUGCUGGGGAUGUGAAGGAUUUUUCUCUGGUGUCACUCUACAUAUUACUCAAAAGCAACCUCAAAACUUGGCUGCAGUGCUAUUGUUCGUCUCAGGAGAGUCUAUCCCGCCUGGAAAAAGUCAAGUUCAAAUCAAUGUUAGCUGUGAAUAUGGUGGAACAACAGAGAUGCAUCCAUUCGCUUUCCGUACCCACGCCCACGCCAUGGGUCGUGUUAUUUCUGCUUUUUAUAAACAUGAAGGGCAAUGGACUAAAAUAGGAGUAAGGAAUCCUCAGUGGCCUCAGCUCUUUGAAAAGAUAACUACCAGUCCGGUUAUAAGAAAAGGAGAUUUGAUGGCCGCGACAUGUCGAUUCGACUCGCACGACAAGACGAAGCCAGUUGCUAUGGGGUGGGUUCAAGUGAAAUUACUUCCGAAUUCGUCUAUUUUGCGUGGAUGGUGGUUGUUCGAUUACAGUAUUAGACCAAUUUAUCCGUUCGGAGUCGUCGAGAUGGGUGCUAUUACUGAUGUCGACGGUGUAAAACUCGGUCAAGUUGCUGGUUUGACAUUUUCGGAUGGAAACGUCGUGAUAUUCCAUCGUGCUGGAAGAAAUUGGGACCAAAACACUUUCGACCAGUAUAAUGUGCUCCUGGAUAAAACACCUAUAAAUGACGAUGUAAUUGUGAUCGCUGCUUUCAACGAGAAUAAAGCCCACAUGGUGAAAAAACUUGGGAAAAACAAGUUCUAUCUUCCUCAUGGUAUUCAUUUUGGCAAAGACGGAUUCCUGUACACUACGGAUGUUGGCGCACAUACUGUAGCGAAAUGGAAAAUAAAUGGAAAU